CACUCAAAUGAUAGCGGACAAGUCCAUAGCUGACAGCAUCGAAGGACUUAUCGGAGCGUAUCUAAUAUCCUGUGGUUAUCUUGGUGCGUUGCGAUUUCUGAAGUUUCUGGGGCUAAAAGUUUUACCUGAAGUUGACGUCAACGUCGACAUUGAUCCGCGGGCGGAGAAUAGUAAAUCGGGUUGCUAUGCCAGAUUUUGGCCGGAUCAGACAAAAAUAACAGCAGCGCAAGGUAAAGGAGAUAUGGUUUUCCGCCUCACUUCUGGCCUGGAAAACUUUGAAAACGAAUCAAUCUCGUACAAUUUCCAGCACAAGUUGUAUUUAGUAGAAGCGCUAACCCACGCGUCCUACCACGAAAACCGUGUCACGCCAAGUUACGAAAGACUCGAGUUCCUCGGCGAUGCUCUGUUGGACUUUUUGGUCACGCAACAUUUGUACUUCCGUCACGUCAACUUGUCACCUGGAGAACUGACCGAUAUACGACAGGCCUUGGUGAAUAAUAACAUCUUUGCCACCCUUGCCGUAGAACACAGUUACCACAAGUAUCUGAAGCAUAUGUCUCCAAAGUGGUUCCAAACGGUGAAGAACUUUGUUGACAGAGUAGAAGAUGAGGCAGAAGAGAGGAAAGAUAAUCAGCUUCAAACGGUCACCGCUGACCCAUUUAUUAUCGUGUCUAAAGAAGAAGAAGGAAUUGAGGCGCCUAAAGUUCUUGGUGACAUCUUUGAAUCAGUAGCAGGCGCGAUAUUUUUGGACAGCGGUAUGGAUUUGACUAAAACCUGGGGUGUGUACUACCGCAUGAUGAAACCCUACAUCGGUAAGUUGGCCAUCGCCACCCGCGAGGGUGGAUCAACCUCCCAUCCUUAAAAGCCUUAUCAGCGGAGAGCUCCGAAGUUUUUUUCGCAAUAAGCAAGGAAAGGAGUGAGAAUGAGUCAGAGAAAGUACAUUCAGCAUGGAGUUUAAGAAUUCAACCCUAGCUAUCAACUCCAAAGUGUAAAG